CAGAAUUCUCCCAGGACAAAUUAUUUGCAAACUGAAGGAAAGGCCUGGGUUUAUGGUUUCAUUUGGAGCGAGAGGUGGAAACUCUCCGGAGGGACCAGCCGGACCAGGUAUCGGUGGAUGUCACUGCAGCAAAACAAGAGGCCACACCCCCAGAAUGACAUCUGUGGGGAAUGACUAACACCCAGAAAGAUGUUUAGAUGAGUUUACUAAAUAACGGAUAUGCUGAGAAGCUGGAGAAAGGUUCACAGACUUCUGCUGGUCAAAUGCACAGACUGUCGUCUUGCUUCAGGUUAACAUUUCAGACCACAUGACCAUUUGCCACCUUCAACUUGCCCAACUUAUCCAACCACGUUUUCUUUUUUUUUUGGUUUUUCUUGUUUUGUUUUGUUUUUCUCAGACUGUCCGCAGAUGCUAUUUGCCUGUUACCUUUGAGAGUAAUCGUAACCUAAAAGAGAGGUGUCAGCUGUGAGGCCCACGCCACAGGUGGUCUCCCUUUCUGGUCUUCACUGAGCCAUAUUCUUGGCAAUACCCACAGGCGUCUUGGUGAACGGACAUAGGUGCUCUAAGUCUUGGAACCGCCGCAGCUAAACCCUCCAGCACGUGCUCCCUCUCGGGACUUCUCCCCAUCUCUGUAGGAUGGACGAGGAAUCGCCAGAUGGGCUGCUCUUCAAAGACCAUGACUUCUCCUCUGACUUGUUGAGGCAGCUCAAUGGCUUGAGGCAAAGCAGGAUCCUGACUGACGUGAGCAUCUGCACGGGGGCCUGGGAGAUCCCCUGCCACCGCAGCGUGCUGGCCUCCAGCAGCCCCUACUUCCGGGCCAUGUUCUGCAGCAACUUCCGGGAGAGCAGCGAGCCCAAAGUCCAGCUGAAAGGCCUCGACUCCGCAACUCUGGAGCGGAUCAUCCUGUAUGUGUACACGGGCGAGGCACACAUCACAGUGGAAGGCGUCCUGCCCCUGAUGGAGGCCGCCUCCAUGCUGCAGUACCCCAGGCUGCUUGAGGCCUGCUCCUCCUUCCUCCAGAGCCAGCUGGCCCCCAGCAACUGCCUGGGCAUGAUCAGACUCUCUGAAAUCUUCAGCUGUGAGACCCUCAGGAAGAAAGCCAGGGAGGUGGCCCUGACGUACUUCCCAGAGGUGGCCGCAUCGGCUGAUUUGAAGGAGCUCUGGGCCUUGGAACUGAUAGACUACCUGGGAGAUGACGGGCUCUGUGCGGAGGAGGAGAAGGUGUUCGAGGCCCUCAUGGUUUGGAUCAAGCAUGACCUCCAGACCCGGAAGCAAUACAUGCAGGAACUGUUCAAGCAGGUCAGGCUGCAGUACGUCCACCCAGCCUUCUUUUACCACUUCAUCGCCAACGACGCCCUCCUGCAGUCCUCGCCCCCCUGCCAGACCAUCUUGGAGACAGCCAAGAGGCAGAUAUUUUCUCCGUACAGCACCACCAGUGCCCCGGGCCUCCAACCUCUGUGGCAUGUCCCCCCAAGAAACUCUUACCAAGACUUCCUCAUCCUCUUGGGUGGAAGGAAGGACAACCAGCAGACCACCAGGGACGUCCUGCUGUACGACGGACAGACCGGCCAAUGGCAGAGCCUUGCCAAACUCCCGGCCCGGCUGUAUAAGGCCUCGGCCGUCACCUUGCACCACAGCAUCUACCUGCUGGGAGGCAUGGCGGUGGACGCGGGGAACAGUGUGCCCAGUCCCAAGGUCUACAUCUUCUCCCUGAAAUUCAAUCAGUGGAGGUUGGGGCAGCCCAUGCUGGCAGCCCGCUACUCCCACAGAAGCACUGCCCACAAGAACUUCAUCUUCUCCAUCGGGGGGAUUGGAGACGGACAGGGGGUCAUGGGCUCCAUGGAGAGAUAUGACAGCAUCUGCAACGUCUGGGAGAGGAUGGCCAGCAUGCCACUGGGGGUCCUCCACCCUGCAGUCGCCGUGAAAGACCAAAGACUCUACCUUUUUGGGGGAGAGGACAUCAUGCAGAACCCUGUGCGCCUUAUCCAGGUUUAUCACAUUUCCAGAAACACGUGGUUCAAAAUGGAGACGAGAAUGAUCAAGAAUGUAUGUGCCCCUGCCGUGGUACUUGGGGAGCGGAUUGUCAUCGUGGGAGGUUACACAAGGAGGAUCCUUGCUUAUGACCCUCAGUCCAACAAAUUUGUCAAAUGCGCAGACAUGAAAGACCGGAGGAUGCACCACGGGGCCACGGUGAUGGGGAACAAGCUCUACGUGACGGGUGGGCGGCAUCUGACCACGGACUGUAGCAUCGAGGACUCGGCCUCCUUCGACUGCUACGACCCUGAGACCGACACCUGGACGUCCCAGGGGCAGCUGCCUCAUAAGCUCUUUGACCAUGGCUGCCUCACUCUCCGGUGCAUCCCUCACCCCUCCACCACCCCCUGAGGCCCACGAGAAACUGAGAAGUCAUCUGUCCUAGUCAAGAUGCUCUUGUUGCAAGAGAUAGAACGCAGCUCCAAAAAGCUUAACCCUGGAAGGGUGUAGGGAGAGCUCACAGAACUGAAAGUUCCAGAGCCUGGAGGCCUGGGACCAAGUAUACUGUUGACAGAACACUGUCUCUCUGUCUCCGUCUCUAUCUCUGUCUCUGCCCCUCUAUCUUUCCUCUCUCCCUUUCCCUCUCUCCCUCCCUCCUUCUCUACCUCAUCUCUGUUAGGCUCUACUCUACAAAUAAGCUUCUUCAUCCACACAGUGUGAGAACAAUGGCAACUGAUAAAUCCAGACCCACACUCUCUAGCUUGGCAUCUUCGGGAAGAACUUCACCAUUAUCCAUAUAGUAACUGCCUCCCAAAACGAUGCUGAUUGGCCCUUUUUGAACU